UUGGUAUUUGUAAACUAUCUUGAAUAUGCCGCGUGCAACUAAAGGUGUUUUAAUUGAGUGUGAUCCAACUGUUAAACAGAUUAUUCUUAAUCUCGAUAAUCAAACACAUGAUAUUGUAUUAGAAGAUUUGGAUGAACGAUUACUUGUACAUUCUCAACAACUUGAUCGGAUACGUUUAGAAUUGGAUCGAGUUCUUGAGGAAAAUUCGUUUAAUUCACUUCCAGCUUUUUCAUAAGGUUAAUUUAUAUAUGAAAUGUCUUAUUUUUCAGUGGAAA